CCUAAUCCAACUCACCGAGCUCGUCUCCCGAAGCAAAGGAGUGCAUUUGUUCCAUCCUUCUCUUUCGUCCUUUCAGCUCACAUUAGCUCAUAUUGGAUACUCUCCUCGUGCUCACCUUCAUCGCAAAAAGCAAAAGUCUCAGAACAGAGAGAGAAAGAGAGAGAGAGAGAGAGAGAGAGGUGGGUGGGGUUGUGAAUGGGGGAGAACGGCAGGGGUCCGGCAAUGGCGCCGCUGAAUGUGGAGAGGGGGGAUCAGGAGAGAUGGAGACACUUCGACAGUUCGGUGAACGCCGUUUCGUUCGGCUUCGUUGCGACCGCCAUUCUCAUAUCCAUGUUUAUUAUAAUGGCCAUUUUCGAGCGCUUCCUCCGCCCCCAAUCAUCGCUUUUCGCCUCCUUCACCGACGGUCGCGGUGGCGGCGGCGAUGGGUUGAGUGGAACCGCGGAUCUCGAGGCCCAGAACCGGGCUACCAUCGGUAAGCUCGAGUUCCCCUCUCCCAAG